AUGGACCUCGCCCAGAUCUCCCAGGUCGACAACGCCCUCCUCCAGGCCUGCCUCGAGGGCAACGAGGACGCGCUCGCGCACGCCGUGCGCCACGGCGCGCUGGCGACGCGCGCGCGCGACGCCAUGGGCGCCACGCCGUUGCACAUGGCGUGUUUGGGCGGCCACCUGGAUAUCGCGGCCUGGUGCGCGGACCAGGGAUUGGACGUGACGACGGCGGACGCGCAGGGGGCUUUACCGCUGCACACGGCGUGCUUCAACGGCCACUUGGACGUCGCGCGCUGGCUCGCGACGAAGGCAAAGACGUCGCGGAAGGAGGCCCUCAACCAGCCGGACCUACAGGGCGGCACGCCGCUCCACCACGCCGCGCUCGGCGGCUCGCUCAAAUUAUGUCGGUGGCUCUUGUUUCACGGCGCCGACGAGCGCGCGACGACGGUGGACGGUUUGACGCCGGAGCGCGUCGCGAUGGAGGCGGGCGAAGGGUCCCAGAAGAUCGUGACUCUACUAAGGUGCCACGCGACGCACUUGCAAGCGACGGAGCCCGACCGGCCGCCCUUUUCCGUCGCGAAGGCGGCCCCGGCGGAACCGACGGCGGCGGACGCGGCCGUCGACGCCGACGAGCUGGAGGCCGUGGCCCAGGCCGAGCGCGAGGCCGAGGCAUUUAGGCGCGACGAGACGGCGCGCUUACUCGCCGAGGAGGACGCGCGGCGCCAGGCCCAGGAGGUCGCGGCGGCGAAGCUCGUGGCGACGCAGGUCGAGGCGGCCGAGCAGGCCCAGAAGGCCGCGCCCGCGGCCACGAAGCCCGCCGACGACGGCUGGCUGCGCCAGUACCAGGCCGACCAGGCCAAGAAGGAGGCCGAGCGGGCCGCGGCGGCACCGACACAGCCGGCGCCGGCGCCCGCUUCCCAGGAGGCGGCGCCGUCGCGCUUCGACGUCCGCGCGCCGGCCGUGGUCCCCUUCAGCAACGCCGACGAAGCGCCGGUGCAGGAGGCGCCCGCGCCGAAGCCGCUCAAGAAGCUGGAUGAUGAUGAGCCUCCCCAAGUUGUCGCGGCGCCGGAGCCCGCGCCGGCGCCGUCUCCCAAAAAACGGGAGCCGUCGCGGAGCCCGUCGCAGGAGCGCAAGCGCCGCCGGCGGACGGGCCGCCGCCGCCGCGACGACUCCGACUCGGACGGCUCGCGCGACCGCCACCGCCGCCGGCGCCGCCGCCGCGACCGCUCGCGGAGCCGGUCGCCGGAGCCCUUCAACCCGCGGCGCGGGCCGCCGCGGCACCAGCGCGGGCCGUCGCCGGCGUCGCGCGCGGCCAUGAAGCAGAUCGCCGAGGCCGCGAAACAAGGCACGGUCUCGGGCGUCGCGGCCAGUGGCAUGUACGGCCGCGGGCCGCCGAAGUAG